AUGCUUGACUCUAGUGAUAAGAAGACACCACUCAUCAGUGACUUCAAAGAGUAUCAUACUGAUACUACUGUACGCUUUGUCAUAAAGAUAGCGAAUGGAAGGAUGAAAGAGCUUGAGAGUGAAGGCUUGCACAAAGUGUUCAAACUGCAAACUGUGCUGAAUACCACGUCUAUGGUGCUUUUCGAUGCUGCUGGCUGCCUACGCAAGUUCAACUCUCCAGAAGAGAUUUGUGCGGAAUUCUUCGAGACGAGAAAGCAGAAGUAUAUUGAAAGGAAGGCGUUCAUGGAGGGAAUGCUGAAAUCGCAAUCUAAUCGUCUAACAAAUCAGGCUCGAUUUAUCUUGGCUAAGAUUAAAGGAGAAAUAGUCAUGGAAAACAAGAAAAAGGCGGCCAUUGUCGAGCAACUCGUCAAGAAAGGAUUUGAUCCGGACCCUGUAAAAAGAUGGAAAGAACUCCAAAAGAAGAAAGAGUUGGAGCAGAGCGGUGAAUAUGAUGCAGCUGAAGAAGAGGAACAGAUGGAGGUAGGAUUACCACUUUUUUGGAUUACCCCACAUAUAUGGUGGUCUAGAUGA